AUGUUCUUUGUUACAGUUGCAAUAAUCGCGGAAGUAUACUCCCGAUAUAUCCCAGACUUUGAUACAACCCGCCGUCUUCAAGUAGAAAAAGGGCGAUAUGUGGAAAUAAAAUUGGAGCUUUAUACGCCCAUUGACUCACUUGGAGCACCUUGUGCUGAUGAGGAAUAUCUUGAGAUCCGUGAUGGCUAUAAUCAGUCUGGAAAUCUUUUGGGUGUAUUUUGUGGAAGAUACGUUAGCAUUAACCUACGUUCCAGUGGACAGAACAUGUGGUUAAGAUUUUCAUCUAACCAUAGAUACCGGCUAUGGGGCGACAGAUCCUAUGAAGGAAAAGCACUAAAUGCAAGAGGUAAGCAUUCUUAGGUUUAAGUGUUUUGAUUUUCUUAAUGGUAUAAUUUAUUCUAGAUGAUAUGUCUUAUUAUGUUUGUGCUUAGUUCCCACCAACCUGAAAAACGUCGCAAAGACUCAGUUUGUCCUGCUCAAUCAUUUGUCAUCGUCGUGGUGCCCGGCGGAAGGUGGACCAGCUCCUCGCAUUGUUUGGAGAAAGAAUGGCGCUGUUGUGCAAAACAGCACUAGUGUGCGACUUCAAAUCAACGUCACUGAAGAAGAAGGAAAUACAAAUUACAGCUGCGAAGUGGAAGACCAGGAGCCGAAAAACAUCAGUCUUGUUGUCGAGAGUAGGUCUCAAGUUACAUCUUUACUUCAAGGGGAUCUCAGUUGUUGUGUAUGCUUUUGGUAAACCUUACUCUUUGUCUUAUGUCGAUUUUGGGAACUUUUGGUUUUAGAAUAAAACCUUCUACAAUUUUAUUCAAAGGUAACCUGAAAAGUCACAUUUAUGAAGUAAAACAUAAAACAAUUAAGUGUCUUUUUUUUAAUUAUUAAAAGAUUAGUUUUCAUGCUUUUGCUUUUAAAAAAAUUAUUAAUUGACUCGAUUGACCGCUGCCCAAGAAAAAUUGCCAUCAAAAACUGUGCUGUUAAAACUAUUGAAUAAUCGCAAAAUCGUUCAGAAUGGAUAAAUAAACAACUAGCAAAAGUCGCAAGUGACGUUAGUGCGGUUUUCCCCUGAGCUCAAAUUGCUAACCUAAAGGUAUUUUCCAUUACUGCGACCGCGCAAGAGGCAAUGCACGAAAUAAAAUCAAUGUAUAGAAAAGUGAGAGCCUUUUUUCGGUUAGGAUAGCCAUCUUUAGGUCGUUCGCCGUAUACUUCACAUAAGAAAAUAGAGGAUUAGUAGGUCGGUCUAUUUGAAUCUAUUUGAAAUUGAGAAUUUAAGGGCCGGGUCGCACUGGAGCGAAUUCAAAUAUCUGUCAAUUUUUCGCGAGCCAAACAUUGGCAAAAAUUUUUGCAAUUUUCAAUUUUUGGAGGCGGAUGCAUCAAACUAGUAUCCUUUGAUCAAAACUUCAUUGAUUGACACGUUCGUCAAUCGCGAACCCAUCUCCCUCUACUAAAGGAUAAAGAAAAAAUUAUCGCUAAAAUUACUGGGCAAGAAUGGAUCGUCAUCGAAUGAUUAUCCUCGCAGCUUUCUUUCUCUCCAAAACAACGUUGCGUUUUUUAUCUUGUUGGUACAUUAUCAGCAGGCUUCUAUGUGGCUAUUAUCAACUCUUAGACGUAGAGGGCAAAGACUUCUAUUAAAUAGAGCUCGCUUUCGAAACCGUCCUUAGUCGAGGUCUCCGCGUUCGGUGGAGUCAUGGUUCGAGCUUGUGACCAUGUAUCGUAUUCCGCUUUCUUUUUUCUUGUCGAUCUUUUUGGUUGCAGCUUGCGCCACUUGUGCUGGCUUCGAUGAUUCCAUUUGAAGGAGAAGUACUCGUUAAAGCCGAUUGUUCUCCAAAUUGCCGCCUGUGACCGAGCCCAGGGUACGAGUCAGACAUUCGAAUAAAAACGUCACUCAAAUUCCUCGUUUCCAUCAAACGAAAACUGAGGGUCAAAUGUCCUGCCAUCGCGUGCGCCAAACUACUCUAGCGGACCACAGCGUAUUUUUGCCGCUUAAAUUUUAUCUGAACAUCUCUCGUGUACGAUGACAGCUAAAUGGUCUAAAAACAAGAUUGUUCGGUGUGCUAAAGAUUGGAAGCCUGCGAGGCAGGACAUCGACUCCUUUGAAGAUUAGCGAAAUUUUGGCGACUCGCAAAAAGUUGACAAGGUUUUAAAAUUGGGGGUAGCACUUAUUUAACACAACUCGUUGACAUAUUUUUCGCUUAAACAAACAAAAAAGCUCUAAUGCGACCCUGGCGGUAGUAGGUUCGGUCUAUUUGAAUCUACGUCGUAAACAUGAAAAAAUUUAACAAAGUUUGCACCGGAAUGACUUUACUAUUCUCCUUAUCUUCGAACAGAUCAAACGGAAAAUACCAGAGAGCAACAAAUCCCAUUAAUUAAGUAUUUUAGAUCAUUUUCAUACAUGGCGAAUAAAAAUCAUGCUCGUGAUUAUAAUGAGCUGUUUUGCACCAACGGCUGAAUAGAAAUAAAAAAUGUGAUGUGAAAUAUGUCUUCAUUUCGACGAGAGAGCAUUUUAGUUUUGGAUGGUUUUGAACAAUGCUUAGCUAAACGGAUGGUAUACUUUGUAACGUGCCAUCAUCAAUUUGAUUCGAACAAACAGAUAUGAUUCAAAUAUCAAUUUUUAAUGGAAGCCUGUUUUUGUUUGUCAGAGUGCCCUCAACAGUGCCAAUGCAAAGUCCUUAAAGGUAACAUGAAGAACUUAGUAUCGGCCGACUGUGGAACGAAACAGCUUACGUCAAUUCCAGAGAAAAUUCCCCGAGCUACAGGAAAACUGUAA